GCUGCUCUACACGACAGCGUGAACUUCACAACACACUCAUUCGCCUGGCUGCUCCUUGGCUUGAUCAGCUCACCCUUGCUGGCAGCAUGAGAGCAGUGUUGUGACUACGACUUGUUUGAGAAAUACUGCAACCUGGAGUAUCAUGCCUAGCAUUUGAAGUUCUGAAUUGCUUUGACGGAAUUAGAGAGCGCAAUGGGAAACACUAUGAAAACACCGAGAGCCUCCGCAGAAGGAGGAGAAGAAACAAAUGGGGCAAGCCAGACGGGUCAGGAGAGUGAUUUCCUUGCUGUCCUCUAUGACUAUCCCUCAGCAGACAUAAGCCAACCUAUAUUUCAUGUAGGAGAAAAACUACGUGUGCUAUCAGAUGAAGGAGGCUGGUGGAGAGUCCAUUCACUUACAACAGGACGAGAAAAUUAUAUUCCAGGGAAAUAUGUAGCAAAGGUUUAUCACGGCUGGCUAUUUGAAGGGCUGGGGAGAGAGAAAGCAGAGGAACUUCUACAGCUCCCCAACACCAAGGUCGGCUCCUUCAUGAUCAGAGAGAGUGAGACUAGGAAAGGAUUAUAUUCCUUGUCAGUGCGGCACAGGGAGGUGAAACAUUACAGGAUCUUCCGCCUUCCAAAUAACUGGUAUUACAUCUCUCCACGGCAAACCUUUCAGUGCCUUGAAGACCUUGUGAAUCACUACUCAGAAGUUGCUGAUGGUCUCUGCUGUGUCCUUACAACACCCUGCCUUACCCAGUGCACUAACAACCACAGCAUAAUGAAUCAAGUUCCUCCUGUGGUGAUGCGGAAUAAAAACUUCAACUGGAGAAGCAUUCACAGGAUGGAGAUGACUGGAGAUACGGAAGGCACACUGGCAGCAAUAGAUGACUCCUGUCUCAGCUAUGGCCUGAGGGAAAGCAUUGCUUCCUACCUUUCCUUGACAGGGGAUGACAGCUCUUCUUUUGUGAGUGCCAGAAAGAAGAAAGCACAGUCUCUUAUAUACACAGGGAGCAAGCAUAAGAGUACCCUUCACUUGCCACCUACAUAUUAUGAAGACUGACCCUGAGACAGCAAAGGGAAAAAUGGAAGCUGAGUGCUUAGAAAAAAUUACAGACCAUCCUGUGGUCCUGCAGUACUUCAACAGUUGAGAGACAAUGCACACCAGCUGGUGAUAAAACUCUGACUGUGCUUCUGCAUUUCCUCACCACAGACCUUUGUGAGGGUACUAUCUCAUGCCAUAUUCUGGAAUUGUGCUGUGUGCACCUGAAAUUAGAAACUGCUCACUAACAAGAUAAACUGAGGCACUCUAAGCCAAGAAUUAAGUGAGGCAGAGGAUUCUUCAGUAAGGAUGAUGCCCACCAUUAUACAAAGGUGACUGGAUAUGAAAAGACUAACUGCAGCUUGAGACUGUAAAUUAAAGUCUUAGUCUAGUACUCUCCACAAGGCUGAAAAUCAUGUUUACAGAAUCUGCCUACUCUGAGAGAAAGAGCCUUUUUUAUUCUCCGUACCUACUCGUCAUUACCGGUGAGUUGGAAAGCCUCCAAGAAAAUAUCAAGUAAUUGUCAUCCAAGAGACACCUCGUUAUAUUGACUGUACACAUUGUUAAUUCUACCUUCGGGGAAAAAAAAUAACGUCAUUGACUUUCCAAGAGGCUUUUAAUUCACUUGGGUGCAAUGGCCUGUAGUGUCACUGAAAGAUCACAAAACGAAGACCAGGCUUAACUCAAUGAGAAGUUCUUGCUAAGACCUGAUAUGGAAGAACAGGCAUAUCCAAAAGCAGAACCUAACUACUCUUAAUCCAGUGGAUAUUCAUCAGAGAACCAAGUGGAUGUUUUUUAAAAUGAAAAGUAAAAUAUUGUAAUAUAAUGCCUAACUGCAAAGGUAGGCUGGCAAAGGAGUGACCUUUGAGUAAAGGACAGAACUUUAACCUCAUCUCCUGAAGGCACACCAUAUUUAUGUAUAAUAUUUAUAUUAAUAUCAGCUUUUAAAUAAUUAAACUAAUAGAAAAAAUCAGAAACAGUGGAUUUUGAAAAGUUUUCUGAACGUCUUGUCUGAAGUAUUAUGUAAAAUUGCUUUACAAUUUCAUAAAGCAACUGGGUUGUUUUAAAUAUCACAGACUAGAGAAUUUUUCAAUGUGUAUGUACCCUUGCCAAAUUAAAAUGAAGCCUGAUAGUGACAGACCAAGGGGGAAUGGAUUUAAAAUAAAAGAUGGUAGAUUUAGUUUAGAUAUUAGGAAAAAAUUCUUUAUUCCGAGGAUGGUGAGGCACUGGCACAGGCUACCCAGAGAUGCUGUAGAUGCCCCAUUCCUGAAGGCACUCAGGGCCAGGUUGAGUGGGGCCUGGGCAGCCUGAGCUGGUGGAUGGCAAUCCUGCCUACAGCAGGGAGUUGGAACUGGGUGAUCUUUGAGGUCCCUUCCAACCUAAGCCACUCUAUGAUCCAAUCAGAUUACCUGGUCCUUGGAACUUGACUUGUGUUUACUGUGUAAAUUAUGUAGUCACAUCUGGGGACGUAAGAUGCUGCAAUUUAUGUACUUCAGUGGGCAUCUUUUCAAUCUAAUCCGCUGCUGUACUCUUUUUUCUUUGUUCUUUUUUUUGGAGGGGGUGUGAAGCGGGGUGCAGAUUUGAGUUUAGAGACAGAGGGAAUUGAAUGCAUUUCCUCUGUAAAUAUCUCUUGGAACAUAUACUAUAUCUACUACAGUCUAUAUCUACUAUACAUCUAUUAUAUCUAUAUGUACAUCUACUAUAUUAUAGUAGAUCAUUUGCACUAGAAAGAGAGCAAGAGAAAGUCAGAGAAAAAAAUAGCAUAAACAUACUUCAGAACUUUAAAGGUGAAUGUAGUUUGGCUGAUAAACCUUAAAUAAAAGCUUUGAACAAAAAGCAAAAUGAACUCAUGUACUUUAGAUGUUUAUAUAUUCUCAUCAUUACUGUUAGUAAUAUAGUGAUAUUAUUUUUUUAUUGUGUCAACUGUAUUGUAACCAGUGAAAUGUAUAUGGGGAGCAUUACAGAUUUCUAAGUUGUGACUCACAUUCAUUAAAAUAACACCCAGGAGU